AUGUUUUUUGUUGUUGGUACUUGGCUUUUGAAUACAAUCUAUGGGUCAUUUAUAUCCUUUUUAUUUACUGAUACUUUCUCAACCCAAUAUAUUGCACCCUCACUUAAUUUCUUGACUUGUGUAAUCGCUUCUUCUAGCAACGUUUUUAUUCUCUUUACGUGCAGGUAUUUUUAAAACAGAUUUUUGAGAAAAGUUCGGACUCCGGAUAGUUAAGCUUGAAAUUAUUUGAGAAAAGUCAAAAAGCCGGGAUAGACUUGGCAAGUGCGAA